AACGUUAUCUUAUCAUGUCGAUAUCUCCUCCACCUGGUGUCACUCACGAGGGCAACCUCAUUGAGGUGCAUAAUGGAGGUGCUGAAGAUUGGCUACAGUUUAGUGAGGUUCGGCCUUACACGAACGCGUUCAUUAGACAGGAAGGCAAGAUCCUGCUGGGAUACAAGAAACGAGGCUUCGGGAAGGAUUUGUACAAUGGUUUCGGAGGGAAACUAGACCCCGGCGAGACCAGCUUACAGGCAGCAGAACGUGAACUCCAGGAAGAAGCCGGCAUACAGGCUAAGCUGCGCGAGUGCGGUACCCUGUUCUUCGUGGAUGAGAAAAUUGCUUGGGCGUUCCACAUUCACGUUUUCACAGCAGAGACGUUUACGGGCGAAGUCACUGAGACGGAAGAAAUGCGACCACAGUGGUUUGCUACUCAACCAGCGGAAGAGACGACAGAUCCUGAAAUCGCCAAGUUACCUCAGAUACCAUACUCUCAGAUGUGGGCAGACGACGUGUAUUGGAUGCCGUUGCUUCUCAGUAAGACGAAGUUCGUUGCUCGGAUGGACUUUGCGAGUGAUGGCACACUUCGGAAGUGGUGGGCGGCAAAGGAAGUUCAAUAGAGCUCGUGCAAUACAAAAUUGUUUUGUUAGACAUUGAUUAGACUUGUUAAACAAAUAAUUGGACGUUGGAU